ACUGUUGAACCUGACAUGUUUCCUUCGUCAGGCUAUUUCAAAGGGGUAAACUGCCCAUUUUAUUCCAGCGGUUUGUGUGAGAGGCCGUACUGUCACUUUCGCCAUACAAAAAUCAAGGAUUCCCUGCCAGUGCCACACGGUGAUUCAAGUAAAGAAGUACACAAUGGCAACCAGCAGCCAAGAAAAUCUUCACUUCUUAAUUUGGUUGGAAAUGCCAUAAAGCAGGUGCAGCAGGAAAUUCAGCAGGACCAGCAGAAACUGUAUGGAAGUCAGCACAGAAAACGAACUUCUUCAAGUGAGGGCAUUAAAACAACAAAUUGUACUUACAUACCAACCAAAAGAGAUUCAUCAGCUGAAAGCAACCUUAACCCCAAGAUAGACUGGUACAAGCCUUCUCCAGUGUCUCCAUCUGGCAAGGUUGAAUACCACCCAACCAAAAAGGAAGAUCUGAACAAAUAUACUGGAAAACAAUUAUCUGUUCCACAACAAAAGAAGCAGUAUGUUGCACUAUCCUCUGGUAGCCAGUCUGGCGGUUAUGUACCAUCAAAGAAAAGCAAAGUGCCGGAAUACAACCCCACACCCAUUAAACAAUUACAACAUAUGUCCCAAUGUGGUUCUCCAGAGUUGGAAUAUGACCCCUCAACCAAUUAUGAAUACAGUAAUAAAAAGACUGUUAGCCCAGGUGGGACUAAGAGAAAUUUAAAUUUUGAUGUAACUGAAAUAAAUUCAAAGCGGUUUAAAUCAGAUAUCUGCAUUGAUGGAGACUUGCAAGAGUUUGAAAAUAUCGAAGCAAAAUUCAGUGAUGAUGAUGAAGAUGAUCAUGGGGAUGAAAAGAGUUCUGAGCAAAAAGAGCACAAAAGCCCAGAUGACAUUAAAGGUGAUGCAAAAGAUGCAAAAGAUUUAAAUGAAAAGAAAUCAAGAUUACAGAAUGCUGCUCAAGAAGUACCUGUAAAUAAUACUGAGGAAACCCCAAAAAAUUCGAAAUCCGAAAAUGAGACUUCUGGCACAAUCAAUGAAGAAAAUGUGAAACCCGAGGAAGUGCAGCAGCAUGAAGAUGUUGACACUGUGGGUGGUGAUAAGAGUGAAAAUGCAGAGAGAAAUGGAGAUAGCCUAAACUGUCAAGUUGAAGAUUUGAAACCUGUCGUCAAGUUGGAAAACCCUAUUGAAGACUUGGACAAGAAAGCAGCAGCUUCUCAAAAUGAUUCUUCCAAUUCAAAGCAGAGAGAUCAAAAGUCAUCACAUCAUUCACAUUCACACAGAAGUAGUGGUCAUGCAUCAGAUCAUAAACAUUCACGUCACAGUCACUCCUCAUCAAGUCAUAAACAUUCACAAUCUAGUCAUAGGCAUUCAUCAUCAAAAGAGAAAUCUGAAAAAAGCAGUUCAUCAAAAUCUUCUAGUUCUAAGUCAAAGAACAGCAGUGGUAGUAGCAGUAAACAUUCAGAAUCACACAAGGAUAAAAGCAGAAAGGAUAAGUCUGAUGAUACUAAAGUGAAAUCCAGUUCUUCAAGCAGUAGUAGUAAAAGUUCCAGCAAAAAACAUCACUCGUCAGAUCACAAUAAAACAAGUGGAACAUCAUCUCAUCAUUCAAGUGAUUCAAAAUCCCAGUCGGGAUCUUGUUCAAAAGAUAAAAUGGACAAAGGCUCCGAGCUUUCAAAAAGUAAGAGCCAUUCAGCUGACAAGAAACGUAAGUCGUCUUCAGACUCGAAGACUAGUAAAGAUUGCAGCUCUGAAGCCAAGUCUAGUAAGCAUUCAAAGUCAAGAACUGUAUCCACUGAUAGCUCAAAAAUCAUUCUCUUUGGAUCUGACAGUGAGGAUGAUUUGUCUUUGUCAGAUGUCAGUGUGUCAGAGAUCACAUCUGUGGGCGAAGACAAAACAUCAGAGACAAAUAGGCAGCACAAACAUGAGGUGAAACAAAAAGUAGAUAACACAUUUGAUCAAAAUGACCAGGCUAAUAGUGAAGAUGAAGAUGAUGCUGAUUUUGUAGAUGUCCCAGAUGUUUAUGACAUUGACCUGUCAGACGAGGAUCCAUAUGAUGAAUGUUUGAAAAUAUAUAAUGAAGCAUCUAAAGCUGACAAUCAAAAAACUGAUGGGGACAGAAAGUCCAUGCUCACUCAAGCCAGUAUUAUAAAGAAAAGAGAAGAAAAAUUAAAAAUUGAAAAUCCACUAGGGAAAAAAAGAGUGGCUCACCAAGCAGGACUUGAAAGGUCCAAUCAUGCCAAGGAAUCAGCCAAGCCUUAUUACCGUCCAUCUCCAGCUCAAGUGAUGCACAACAGGUUCCUGCAGCUUCAGAAGCAGGCAGAGGAGGCGGCAGCUUCUACAUCAGCCACAGCAGCUAAAUCUGUGUCAGAUUCUCAAGUCAAACCAACUGGAAAAAGAGUUGCACAUUGUGCAGCUGGUAGUAAUCUACUUCAAAAUAAAAGACCCAAGUCAACACCAAAAAAGACAGAGUCAGCCUCCACAUGUAUCAGCACCAAUCCAAAAGGUGCAAAAAGAGUCGCAAGAGUGCCGACCAAGGUCACCUGCAAGAGACCAACUAUUCCAUCUGAAUAUGGUUCAAAAGUUCCUGUCAAUGUUAGACAACGCUACCUGAAUCUCAUCAUUGAUGAGUGUCUGAAAAUUUAUGACACUGAGAAAGAUGCAUAUGAGAGAGGUCUUGAAGAGGAGAAGGCUGUAUACAAGCGUAGUUCCAACAGGACUGUAUACCUAAAUGUAGCUGUAAAUGCAGUGAAGCGUCUGAGGUCAGAGGUCACCCUUCACCAGCCUGGCACUUCAUCGCAAACACCUGAUAAACAUCCCAAAGGGUUUUCACAUGAGGCUGUAUUGGGAGGGUCAAGGGCUGCCAAAACUAGCUUUACACUGAACAGGUCUGGUGGACCAGUGGUGUUGAAUGAGAAAGAUUUCACAGAUGCAGGGCUGUACAAAAAGCUUACCCCAUAUAUCAUGACAGAGGAACAGCUGGUGGACAAUGGGUUUCCAAGAUUCAACCCUGAAUGUGCAGGAACACCCUUCAUAAAGCUGAGAGAAGAUAGCAUGAGUAAACUAUUUUCUAAAAUAGAAAAUGAACGCAUCUGCUGCAGAUGUGGGAAGAGAUUCCCUGUGUAUCCCAAUGGCAUGUAUGGCAAACAAGAGGAGUGCAACUACCACUGGGGCAAGGCUUGGAAGAAGAGAAUUGCUGGUGCCAUAGAGACCAGGUAUACUUGUUGUCAGGGUGAUUUGGGAGCCGCCGGGUGUCAAGUGGCAAAGCUCCAUGUGCAUGAACAAAACAAAUAUGAAAACAACAGUGGGUUUAUGAGAACUAUCCCAUGCUCUCCACCUGUGGACGGAGAUUAUGGAGUCUAUGCUUUGGAUUGUGAAAUGGUGUACACCACAGCAGGCAUAGAACUGGCCAGGGUCACAGUGAUAGGGGGAGACAUGAAGCCAGCAUAUGAAACCUUAGUCAAACCUGAAAAACCAGUCAUUGACUGCAACACAAGGUUCAGUGGAUUGAAGAAGGAAGAUCUGAAGGGAGUAAGGACCACCAUCAGAGAUGUCCAGGCUGUACUCCUCAGUUUGUUCAGUGAUAAAACUAUACUAAUGGGUCACAGUUUAGAGAGUGAUUUGAUUUCACUCAAGCUGAUUCACAGCACAGUGGUGGACACCUCAGUAGUGUUCCCUCACAAGAUGGGGCCACCUUAUAAGAGAGCACUCAAGACUCUCAUGGUGGAAUAUAUGCAGAAAAUAAUACAGGAUGAUGUUGGAGGUCAUGACAGCAAAGAGGAUGCAAUGGCAUGCCUGGAGCUGAUGCUGUGGAAAGUCAAAGAUGAUGCUAAAAAGCAUCGUUAGGAGAAUUUUGAUGAAUUUUUUGCCAUAUUUAAUAUUUAUAAGGAUUUUGCCACAUUUACAAUUCUUACUAGAAUGUUUUUUAUUUACUGAAUAUGAAUAACUGUUUCAUUAAGGUAACUUAUGUAAUGUCACAUUUAAUCCAAAUAAGGCAAUUUUUUCAGAACAUCAUACUAUUGAUUCUUCAAUUAUUUAGGAACCUAGUCCACAAUGUGCAAUUUGAAUACAUUUAGGAAAAAACAUGGACAUUUCUAUGUAUUAAGUGAAUUUUUUUGGAUUAGAUGCAGUUUCAUGUUGCAAGGCAUAGUGUAAGCAUUUAUAUAUCUCCAAUAGGGCACCAAGGUUAUCUUUCGCAUAAUAUAAAAGUUUAAAAAGUCAAUCAUGUAGUGCUUGAUAUAAGGCAAAGUCAUUUUUUUUUUGCGAGUUAAACAGCAGGAGAAGCCCAGAAGUACGGGAUUUUCUAUUUUACAUAGAAAAUACUAUAUAAAAAAUUGAGAUUAUUGGAAUAAAAAAGACACAAAUAAUUGUAAGUUAUACAUAUUUUUUUUUAUCUGUGAUAAUGUAUGGGUAUGUGUAUGAAAUUUAUGGCAGGAGCGCAGAAGACUAAGGUAGUUGCAAAUGUUAUUACUGCCCAAAAUUUCUAUCAAGUUAUUAUUUCAAUGGUAAAAUGUUGGUGCUGUUAUGGUUUGAAGUUUUGUACCAUUUCAUAUGUACUGAAAUUAAAAUAAUGUACUCAGAACAUAUGUAUGUUUUCUUUUUCUUUGGAUUUUUCUAAGAGAGAAAAAAUCCAUUACAACAUUGGGAAAUUAUAAUAAUUUCAUAAUUAUUAUGAAAAUAAGGAUAAAGAGUAAUGAUCAAUGUGUCAUGUUACACAAGGCAUCAGAUUUAAAGUGCUAACCAAAUGAAAAUGCUACAAGGCUGAAAGAUGCCCAAAAUCUCAAGUCUUAAACUUUAGAUUGCUCCAUGUUUCCAAACAAUAACAUAAUGAUAAAUACAGCCAAAUAAGAAGAAAAUUGCAAAAUCUUUUUAUUUUAUUUAUUUAUAGUUAUUAUUAUUAUUAUUAUUUUAUUAUUAUUAUAUUUUUUGUAAGAAUACAUGUUGCAUGAAACGAGGGGUUUCAGUUUUUUUCAUAAUCAAAACUUUUAAUGGUUCUUUACAUUAUGUUAUGUGAGAAAAGUAUUACUUUUCAUCUUAUCAAUAGUUCAGCAUAAGACUGUCUCAUCUAGUCAAAAAUGGAUGGAAAUGCAUCAUUGAAGCCUGCAAAAAAAUUAAUUUUAACAAUAAAAUGGUAAUUAAUCCUCAUGUACCAGUGUUUGUUUAUUGUCAUUGCAUAUAAUAUUGAAAGACAGGCCUCCAGGCUGAAAUUCUUAAAUGACCUCUAACAGACAUUAUGACAUAAAACUGAUUUUUGAUCAAUUCCAUGAAUAGCUACUGGUGGAUGGAUUGAUAUAUCCUAAAUAUCCAGAUGGCAGUCAAAUUAGAUGCUCUACGACCUAAGUAAUAAAAGCUUUCAUACAUGAUAAAUCAUUUUUAAAAUUAUAUAAGAACAUGAGAUCUCAAAUCCUUAAAAAAAACAUAAUGACAUUUCAUUUUAAAAUGCAACUUUUUCUGAAAUGCAGGAAAGUGAUUUACAGCAAGGCAAGCUCGUUUCUGCUACCUGCUUGCGUACCAAUUUAUAUGGAAUUCUUUCCUAUAAUAAAUUUUGUAUGCACUGCGAAAUUCUGUUGUU